AUGGCCGAAAUUGAUUGCCUCGCCGUUGAUCGGUGGAUUAAAACAAAGGCUACAGGAGCCAAAUAUGAUCUCUCCAGCUCCUGCGCAAAGCCCAUGUCGAUACAGGAGCUAAAGGAGCUCUCUGAAGACAAGUCAGAAUCUAACCAGGGUCCCUUGCCGGCGCAGCUUCUGUCCAAAUGUCUCGGGUAUGGCGAGAUGGCAGGUUCGAAGGCGCUGCGGUCGACCCUGGCUGGCUUGUAUUCCGUCAAGACGCCUCUGCCGCUGCCAAUUGAUAAUAUUACUAUUACCGCCGGUGCUUCUCCGGCUAAUUAUUUGGUCUUCCAGGCUCUAUGCAAGCCCGGGGAUCAUGUCAUUGUUCAUUAUCCAACUUAUCAACUGCUGUAUGCCGUGCCUCAAACUCUGGGCGCAGUGGUUAGUUUUUGGCAGUCGAAAGAGGAUGAUAAGUGGAAGCUGGACGUUGAAGAGCUGAAGACUCUCAUCAAGCCGAAUACUAGGAUGAUUGUGCUAAACAACCCGCAAAAUCCCACAGGUGCAAUCAUCCCUCGGUCAACAUUGAUCGAAAUCAUAACCGUGGCCAGGGAGAACUCGAUUGUGGUCUUCAGUGAUGAAAUAUUCAGGCCCCUAUUCCAUUCUAUCCACCCUGGAGAUAAGGAGUUCCCGCCCUCAGCACUCUCCCUGGGCUACGAUGAUGUAGUAGUCACCGGAUCAAUGUCCAAAGUCUACUCGCUGCCUGGUAUCCGCGUUGGAUGGAUUGCAUCUCGCAACAGGGCACUCAUCGACAAGUGUACAAAACUGCGAGCGUACACGACUCUGUCCGUUAGCCAGCUCGACGAAGCAGUGGCUGCGUAUGCCCUGGAUGGUCACUGCUUGCAUGCGCUGCUGAAGCAGAACACAGACCUCGCACGGGAAAACCUCGUUCUUCUCGAGUCGUUUAUAGAAAAACACAAGUGGGCCUGCGACUGGGUUAGGCCAGUUGCUAGCAGCGUUGCAUUCGUCAAGUUCUCAAAAAUGGGGAAGCCUGUAGACGAUCUCGAGCUCUGCCAUCAGCUUCUCCAGGAGAAAGGAGUAUUGCUGGUUCCCGGAUCACAGGGGUUUGGCUCCAACAGCUUGUUUGCAGGAUAUGUUCGUAUUGGGUACGCUAUUGAUAUGGAGGAGUUUAAGACUGGAUUGGCUUUGUUGAAGGAGUUCAUGGAGGAGUAUUAUGAGAAUGUCCCACUGGCAGGUGGGCGAAAGCUUGCAAUACGAUAG